GACAGCGGCGGCCGCGGGAGGAGGAGCGGGACUUGCUGGAGGAUGGGCCGCCGCUAGGCUCGCGCUCGGGACGCGCCUCGCCGUGCGCAGGGUGGGAGCCCGCGCCUGCAGCGUCCGCGGGGGCGGCGCGGCGGGAGGUGGCCGUCGCCCGGGCCUCGCAGCACAGCCCCCGGCCCAGCGGGCCUCUCCACGGGGCCACCAGGCCGAGCCGCCCGCCCGCCCCGGGCCCCUCGCGGGCCGGAGAACGGAAAGCCGUCCACUUCCUGAGUUCUGAAGUUCCUGUUGCAUUAGACAAUGGAUGAGCAAUCACAAGGAAUGCAGGGGCCACCUGUACCUCAGUUCCAGCCACAGAAGGCCUUACGACCCGAUAUGGGCUAUAAUACGUUAGCCAACUUUCGAAUAGAAAAAAAAAUUGGUCGCGGGCAAUUUAGUGAAGUUUACAGAGCAGCCUGUCUCUUGGAUGGAGUUCCAGUAGCUUUAAAAAAAGUGCAGAUAUUUGAUUUAAUGGAUGCCAAAGCCCGUGCUGAUUGUAUCAAAGAAAUAGAUCUCCUUAAGCAACUCAACCACCCAAAUGUAAUUAAAUAUUAUGCGUCAUUCAUUGAGGAUAAUGAACUAAACAUAGUUUUGGAACUAGCAGAUGCUGGUGACCUAUCCAGAAUGAUAAAGCAUUUUAAGAAACAAAAGAGGCUAAUUCCUGAAAGAACCGUUUGGAAGUACUUUGUCCAGCUCUGCAGCGCGCUGGAGCACAUGCAUUCUCGGCGGGUCAUGCACCGAGAUAUAAAACCAGCUAAUGUGUUCAUUACAGCCACUGGGGUGGUCAAACUUGGAGAUCUUGGGCUUGGCCGGUUUUUUAGCUCAAAAACCACAGCUGCACAUUCUUUAGUGGGGACACCUUAUUACAUGUCUCCAGAGAGGAUACAUGAGAAUGGGUACAACUUCAAGUCCGACAUCUGGUCCCUGGGCUGUCUGCUGUACGAGAUGGCUGCGCUCCAGAGUCCGUUCUACGGUGACAAAAUGAAUCUGUACUCGCUGUGUAAGAAGAUAGAGCAGUGUGACUACCCGCCUCUUCCCUCAGAUCACUAUUCAGAGGAACUGCGGCAGCUGGUGAACAUGUGCAUCAACCCGGACCCGGAGAAGCGGCCGGACAUCACCUACGUGUACGACAUGGCGAAGAGGAUGCACACCUGCACCGCCAGCAGCUGAGCGCCGGGCGCCCGCCGGCCCCGCAUGCGCGGCAGUGUUUCUGUGCAGAUCAUACCUCCCCGAUUUGGGUGUUAAGAUUAGUAUUUCAGAGCUAAUGUGCUUUGAAUCCUUAACCAGUUUUCAUCUAAGCUUCAUUUUGUACCAGUUUAAGUCACCUGCUCGCAACCCCCAAAUGACUUCGGAUAAGCAAAUUGCAUGUUAGCAGAGCAAACGGAACAUGAUGGUUUUUAAUGGCUCAAGAUUUUUAGAAUUAUUUAGAGUUUUGUGCCGAUAAGCUGUGUUCAGAUAGAUUCAGUGCCAAACGUUGGAAGUGCAGCUUGGCCUCAGCCAGACACCCUCAACCUGCCGGAAAGUGUCUGAGCAGGUGACUUGUGUGCUUUUCACUCAUUUGUGGACAUUUGAGAUGAACACAAUUGUGAAUUUUUGUGAUUAUUUUAUUUUUAAAAGUUUGAAGUAUGUGCUUUUAGUUCUUAGCAUUGCAGCUUUCAAAUAGACUUAAGAUAAAUGUAAACUAUUUGAGAAGCAUUUAAAAUUCUUAGCUUUUACAUUCAAAAUGCGACUGUUAAAUGUGAAAAGAUUUGGGGACAAAAUGUGAGUCAGACACUGAAGAAUUUUUUUUUUGCUUUGUUUUGUUUUAAUAUCUUUGAUAUUCUCCUUGCAUUAACACGGUAUAAAUGAAUCCAUUUAAAAAGUGGUUAAGGAUUUGUUUGGCUGGUUUGAUAGUAGUUUUGAAAGUUGCACAUUGCCCAAGGCUUUUGUGUGUGUGUUUUAACUAUUGUUUGUACAUUUGAAAAAUAUUCUUUGAAUAACCUUGUAGUGCUAUGUCUCAGUGCCUCUGUGAGUUUCAGAGCUCUGCACCUGACCGCACACUGUAGUGUAAGCAUAGGUUUUUAUUCAUAGAUUUUAUUGAAGUUCUGGUUGGUCCCCUUCAGAAAUUUUUUUAUAUUCUUCAAGUUCCUUUCCUAUUUAUAUUGUAUAUGCAUUUUAUCCAUUAUUGUUUCAGAUUUUCUGACAACCUAAUAGCCUUUAAAAAAUGCCUGGUGUACCAACACUUUUCCUGGAUUGAAUACUUUCUUGUUUAACUUUCUAAAACCUGGGCCACCCCGUGUGCAUGGACUUAGUCUUGUCAGGGAGGAAGAAGGGAGGUGUGUUGUAUGGUACCUGUGAAUGUUGACACUGUUUCAAUUCAUUGAAGGUUGUAAUUUUAGAAUAUGUUUAUAAAGGCAUGAAAACUGGCCAGGGCCACAGCCAGCAUUUUUAUGAGAUUAACAUUUCUAUUGAGAAGCUUUUUGGCAAAGUGCUGUAUUCACACGUGACGGUGACAGAGCUGGUAACACUUGGGUUGGCUUAAGGGAAUGCAGGGUUCAGUCAGUGCUGUUGUGGAGAUGUUUGCCCUGAAGGCCCUCGUGUUCGUGGUGACCAGCGCCUCACAGACUUGUGAAGCCAGAAGGCUGGGCGGCGGUCACUGUGUAAGGACUCCGUGCCGCCCUGUAACCUUGGGAUCCACAGUCCUGCCAACGGGAACACCUCAUGCUUGGAGAACACCUACCUUUAGCCGCUUUAGAACUGCUGGUUUUGUUUUUUCAUAAAGUACUUUUCUUACAGUCAUUUGAAUAUUUUCAAGUCAUUUGUAAACUUUAAAGAUGUACAAAGGGCAGAAGUGUCAACUUUUUUCCCCUAAAUUUAAUCAGCUUUAGUAUCUUAAUCAGUUCUGAAUGGAGGAUAAUUUUAUCUUGGGAUCAGCCAAGGAGAGCUGGUUGUUCUAGGUGUGAGAUGCUGCGCUGUUCCUUCCGGAUCCUGGGGACUUCCCUGUGCCCUCGGCGCCCUCACGUGUCUCCAGGGUGACGAGUGGAUUGUUUGUGUUGACCAUUCGUCUCGUGUCCAUUUUAAUGUAAUAUAAUUGAGUGAGAUGCACUGUUCUCCAUCUGGAACGGAUAUGCUCCUUUUUCUUGCAAUUUUAAAAACUACAUGGUUCAAAUUCAUUAGCUUGACUCAUCACAGGCAUUUAAGCAAAGAUUUAAAUGUUUCUUUUAGGUGAAUCUGUCUGCUAGGAAGAAACAGCUGGGAAGAAUUUAAUGAUCAGGGAAAUCCAUGGUUAUUUUCUACAUGUGGAAACUUUUUGUUUGGGAUAAUCUUUUUUUAAUCUAAGUGUUUAUAUUUUUCUUGAAGAAACUGCUGUGCAAAAGACAAAUUUUAAUUUUGAACAGGAUCAUUUCAAUGAAUUAUGAAGAUGAUUAGAAGUUUUAAUUUUUAUAAUCACCUAUAAAAUGUUCUCUUUAUAUUUCUGUUUAUAAGUAAAUCUUGUAUUGAUUAAGUAAGACAUUUGAGUUGAUUUGAAGAACAGUAAAAUGUAAGGGACAUCUGAUUCUAAACUUUAUUCAGACUUUGGUCCGGCUCCCCAGGGCACCGCGGGGAGGGGCGGCUGGUUUGUACGCCGAGGUUUGGGAAUGUUGGCGGAGGGUGUCCCUGUGGAAGUAAGCGCUCAGCAACACGCAGUGAUUGUGAAUUCAGUGAGACGUGACAGUUGCUUCCUGGUUGCUGCCCAUCUACAUGGUGUCUGUCGCGAAACAGCGUUCUUGUGUCACGAUCCUGCAGGUGUUGCUGUUAACAUUUACAUAUUUAUUUUAACCAAAAUGUUAUUCCUAUUAAUGUUUUUUCUUUAAAAUGAAUGUAUUAUGUUUAUAACCCACAAAUGCAUAAUUAUCCUAUGCCUCAUAUUUCAAUAGUACUGUAAUAUGGACUUCUUUUGUGAAAUACUUUUGUUCUGCUUCAAAUACACAUACUAAAAAGAAUCUGUUGUUAGCUUUGAAAAUUGUAUAAUAUCCCAAUAUAAAUAAAAAUAUAAAAUUAAAAAAAUGAGUACAACAAAAAAUGCUAUGCAUCUAUGAUUUGUCCCCCCAGGUCCACCGUGGUUUCUUUCACUUAACCCGCAGAAGCAGCUCUUACUUCCGUAACUUUGCCGUUUUGCAGAAGCCUAGGAUUGGAGACCGCCGAGAUGGUAAUGGAGGUCUGACAGACCCUAAGAAGUGGGCGCUGAAAUGUGCUGCUUCACAUGUCCCUGUUCUAUUCAGGACAUCACUUGCUGUCUUCGAAUAAGAAAAGUUCCUGAAAAGUAAAAAAAUUCAGGCCACAGGUUCAGUUCCUGUCACUGUAAUAGACUACUGGUGACAGGGCCGGUGGCCUGAAUGUUCUUUUCACGUAGUGACUGAAGAUGGCUGCUCUGCCUGGAAGCUCAGAGGCUGCAGGAUCUUGACGGGGUGGAGGCCGCCAGGCUGGUGCUGGAGGGUUGGGUACACCGUACACAGCAGAGUCGCAUUCCGAGAGGCUGUGGUGGGGCACCGCUCCUUUACAGCCUACAGCGGACACUGAAGCAGCCGCAGCCUGAUAAUGUGCGUGCUUGCGUGACUGUGAGCAGCAGGAAGUCUCGGGUACAAGUUGUGCUGGACUAGUUAACGCUUUAUUUCAGAAGUACGUUAAUCAGAACAGUCAUGACCAGACACACGUGAUUAAAUGUAUUGUUGGUGCAGCGGUAGUUACCACCAAACUGACAGAAUAACUUUUUAAAAUCAAAACAAUGACAUUAAUCGGGAGGUUUAUCUGAGGGAGUCCCUUUCUGGUCUUCUUACAUGUCCAUUUCAUUGUUCACUUGGAUCUCGUUAAUCUAAUUUGAAUCCUUAACAGGUGAAAACAAAGUAAAAGAAAACUUUUAAGUUGUAAGAUUUGUAACCAGGGGGUUUUAAGUAAAUUAUUUGCACUGUAUUACACUGCAUAGAAAAUAGUUUUUUUCACUCCUUUCUAGAAGCAUAAUCCUGCUCAUAAAUUGUGUCUCUGAUCCUCAUUUUCUCAAGUGUAAAGUCAGGAUGUAAAUCCCUAACUCUACAAGAGAAUUAAAUGCCGAUACGUUUUAUGAAGGGUUGGGUGCAAUGCCAGGGACCCAGUGAGUGUGUGCUACACGGAGCUGUGGUUACACCAUGUGUGUCUCUUCUGGCUCCAGCCUCGUCUGCUUGUGCCUGAUUCUCCCCUUUGAGCCUGAUGGGAAUGGUUUUUCAGGGGCCCCAAGCUCUUUCUCACCUUAGGGCCAGUUCAUCUUAAACAGCUCUUCCCUUUAGGUCAGAAAGAAUCCUACAACCUUUCCAUGGCUGACAUUAAACACACCUCUUCAGGAGCCGCUCAGAUGGCCCCCUUCACUUUUCCUUUGGUGCUGACUGCACUGCACCCGAGUGAUUACUUGUGUGAUCCUUUGUUUACUCACAGUCUAAUCAGACUAGACCCCAGGCUCUAGUAGGACAAGUACGUCCUGUGUUCAGGGUGCUGGUCUGCACCUAACACAGUGCCCCCCUCAGGGGAGUCACGCAGUUUACUUUUCUCAAAUUAAUAAGUAAUAUGGUGCUUGUGGUGCCGUGAGUGGAGCCGAGUGCCCCCAGAGGCCGCGCAUGGAUGCAGAGACAGCAGUCGGGGAAGGAGGGACAAGUAAGGAGGGAAAAGAGUCAAAAACUGAAAGAAGCUAAACCAGAAGAAAAAUGUGAAGUUACCAGUCACCGUAAGUUACAAAGAAAUAGAAGUUAACAAGGAUUAAGGUCGGAACCUUGGACCUAGUAGACGUCACGGCAAUGUUCAAGGUGGCCGUUUCAGGAGGAGACGAGUAGAAAACAAGGGGGGACAAGCAGGGGUGAUGCACGUGGAGGAAAACAGUCCCCAAGUGCAGGAGGCACAGAGACACCAUGCAGAGUUAGCCCUGAGAGGAGCACACCGAGACAUACUGCGAUCAAAGUGACAAAAACUCUAGGGAUCAGGAGAGAAUAUGAAAAGCAACAAGAGAAGAGCGACAGAUAACGUACAACGGAGCUCCGUGGACUGUUAGCUGAUUUUUCAGCAGAAACGACAGGCCAGCAGGGAGUGGGGCAUGAUACAUUUAGGGUAAUGAAAGGGAAAAGGCUACGGCAAAGGAAACUCUGUCCAGCAAGACUUGCUCAGACGUGAUGGAGCCGUCAGAGCUUUACAGACAAGCAAGAGCUUAAAGGAUUUAGCGCCACCAAACCAGCUCUACAAAAAAUACUAGAGGGACUUCUACAGGCAGAAAAGGAAAGGCCACAACCAGGAACGAGGAAACUACGAAACGGAGAAGCUCGCCGGUAAAGGCAAGCCGAGUAAAGGCAGGACGCCAUCCACACGCACGCGAGGAGGAAAGGGUAAGGGCGAAGUAGCCAAAUCACCGGUACCCGCAAUGAGCAGGUAGGGGACGCACAAAACAAGUAAAUUUAAAAUCCGAUACCAAAAAUAGUCAUCACGAGGGGAGAAUACAGAUGCAGACAGUCUAAAAUGCAUGUGAAGGUAAGAGAUCGGCAACCUAAAGCAGUCAUGUGUUUAUGCAGACUGCUAGGCCAAAACCUCGUGGUGACUGCAAACCAGAAAUCUGUAGCAGAUACACACACAGAAAAGAAAACGAAGUCCAAACGUAACACUAUAUAGAUCGUCACAAAAUCAAGAGAGACCAAAAGGAGGAAAAAAGAACCUACAAAAACAAGUCCAAGACCAUUAACAAAAUGGCAAUAAGAACAUACAUGUCAAUAAACACCUUAAACAUAAACGGAAUAAAUGCUCCAACCGGAAGAUACACUUCAGGAGAACGUGUGUUCUGCUGCUUUUGGAUGGGAUGCUGUGGAGUUAUCAUUUAGGUCCAUCUGGUCUAAUGUGUCAUUUAAGGCCUGUGUUUCCGUAGUGAUUCUCUGUCCUGAUGGCCUGUCCAUUGAUACCCCACUAUUUUUGUGUUAUGUCAAUUUCUCCCUUUAUGUCUGUUAACAUUUGCCUUAUAUAUUGAGAUGCUCCUAUGCUGGGUGCAUACAUAUUUACAAUUGUUAUAUCUUCUUAUUAGAUUGAUCCUUUAACCAUUAUUUAGUGUCCUUCUUUAUCCCUUGUAACAGUCUUUAAUUUAAUGUCUGUUUUGUCUGAUAUAAGAAUUGCUAUUCCAGCUUUCUUUUGAUUUCCAUUUGUGUGGAAUACCUUUUCCAUUCCCUCACUUUCAGUGUGUAUGUGUCUCAAGAUCUGAAGUGAGUCUCUUACAGGCAACAAAUAUAUUAGUCUUAUUUUUGUGUGCAUUCAGCCAUUCUGUAUCAAAUAAGAAAUGAAAGAGGAGAAAUAGUAACCAAUACCACAGAAGGAAAAAAAAAAAAGAAUACUAUGAGCAGUUAUAUGCCAACAAACUGGACAGCCUGGAGGAAUGGACAAGUUUCUAGAAACGUACAGUCCACCAAAACUGAAUCAAGAAGAAAUAGACAAUUUGCACAGACCAAUCACUAAAAGGAAAUAGAAUCCAUAAUUAAAAAAUAAAAAACUGUCUGCAAACAAGUCUAAGACUGGAUGGCUUCACUGGGGAAAUCUACCAAACAUACAAAGGAAAACUUACACUGAUCCUUCUCAAACUUUUCCAAAAGUUUGAAGAGGAGGGAACACUCCCAGAGUCAUUCUAUGAAGACGCCAUCACCCUGAUACCAAAACCAAAGACACCACCAAAAAUGAAAAUUAUAGGCCAGUAUCUUUGAAGAAUAUAGAUACAAAAAUUCUAAACAAAAUAUUAGCAAACCAAAGCCAAUGACACAUAAAAAAGAUCAUACACCAUCAUCAAGUUGGAUUCCUCCCAGGGUCGCAAGGAGGCUCCACUCACUCAGAUCAGCCGAUGGGAUGCACCACAGCAACAAAAGGAAAGACAAAGUCCACAUGGUCAUCUCAGUAAGUGCAGAAAAAGUACUUGAUAAAAUUCAGCAUCUAUUCAUGAUAAAAACUCUCACCAAAACAGGUAUAGAGGGAACAUAUGUCAAUGUAGUAAAAGCUAUUAAUGACAAACCCAUCGUCAACAUAAUACUCAAGGCUGAAAAGUUGAAUGGAAUACUACUCAGUCGUAAAAAUGAACAAAAUAGUGUAUGCUGUCACAUAUAUGUGGAAUCUAAGAAAAAAAUUGACACGAACAUUUUAAAAGCACAGACUCAUAGACAUAGAAAACAAACUACAGUUACCCACAGAGAAAGGGGAGAUGAAUCAGGAGUUUGGGGUUUUUAGGUACAAACUGCGACAUAUAAAGUUGGUAAACAACAAGGCCUUACUGUACAGCACAGGGAACUCUAUUCAGUACGCUGUAACGGCCUAUAAUGAAAAAGAGUAUGAAAGUGUACGUACAUGUGUGUAUAACUGAUCACGAUGCUGUGCCCCUGAAACUAACACAACCUUGUAAAUCAACCAGGCUUCAACUUAAAAAAUCAUAUUUAUCAACAGACUUUUGCUAGUUUUAGCAUUAACUGAUCAUUCUUGCCUGUUUUAAUUAUUACUAUUAUGGUUCCCAAAUGGUGACUUUCCAGUUGUUAUUUCUUCUAUGUUUAUUAGUUGGCAUGGUAUUGUAAGGAAUAACUUUCUCUUUUUCUUCUGUUUGUCUCUUACUCCUUCAUUAUUUAUGUCAGGAUAGACAUACAUUCCUAUAUUACUCAGUGGGUCGUAAUCUGUUAGCAUCAUUUAUUUUGAUGCACAAGUUGUCCUAUGUUUGCUUAGUAGGAGCCCCUGCAAACUGACUCCUGUGUCUUUUUGGUAAAUCCUCAUCAUUUUUUAGUACCUCCUUCCUUUGUGGCACAAAAAGAUAUUAAAUGUUCAUCUUGUGUUUUCCCUUCUCUGGUCCUAGAAACAGUCCCUUCUUCCGGGAGCACUGGGAUUUUUUAAAUUGGAUAAUGGUAUUCAGAAAUCAGGAUGUGGGCGCUAAGUGUACUCAUUUCUUUGGGAUGGCCUUGCUUCUGAGCCCUUCCAGUAGACAGAGCUGGGGAUGUAUGUCUGAGCUCACACACAGACACACACGCCCCAGAGACGUUGUAGGUUCAGUUGCAGACUACUAUAAUAAAGCGAGUAUUGCAAUGAAGCAAUUCACAUGAAUGCUUUGUUUUCCCAGUGCGUACAAAAAUGAUUGACAGUCUACUUCAGUCUACUGAGCGCAAUAGCAUUUUGUUUUAAAGGACAAUAUACACAUCUUAAUUAUAAAACACUUUGCCACUAAAAAAUGCUAACCGUUACCUGAGCCUUCAGUGAUUCAUAAUCUUUUUGCUGGUGGAAGAUUUUAAAUAUUACGAGAGUUACGAAAAUGUGACAUGGAGACAGGAAAUGAGGAAAUGGUGCUGGGAAAGUGGCACUGGUAGACUUGCUUGACACGGAGGUGGCACAAUCUUUCAGUAAAAGACGUGGUGUCUGCGCAGCGCCGUGAAGCAAAGCAGGAUAAAACAAGAUCGGUGGGCAUCCUCGCCCUGCUGCUGCGAGCAGGACACCUCCCCUGCGGUCACUUCGCACCAGCACUGUGCUGAGAUUGGCACUUAACGCAGAUGGACUUUUCUGAAGUUAUUCUGACAUAAGGAAACAGAGUGAUUAGUAAGACUAGACCAUUUCAUGAGCAACACAUCCUGAACUAAGAACCUGCCAUCUUUCCAAAGUGCGAUACCUCUGGAGCAGGCAACCCCAGCGCAGGGAAAGGCCCCGGGGCUCUCCCUAGCCAGAGACUGAUGUGCCAUCACAUCCAACCAGCAGGACAUCAAAUUAAGCUUGAUUUUUUAAAUUCGAAUACUGCCGCGUUCAUCAAUUGCCAAUAACCCAAAUCUCCUAACUGCUUUACCUGCCCCCAGAGCUUUCCUUGCAACAGUCGGCACGAACUGUUUAUCAUGCCAACCACAGCAUGUCACUUUCUCUGCUCAGAAUCCUUCAGCACUUCCUGUUGCCCUUAGAAUAAAAUCCAGACUCUA